AUGACUCGUCCUCCAACUACAAGUGGGCGUUUGUUUGGAACAUCACGUAAUCUUCAAUCUGGAGGUUCUCAGUCUGCUGGCUUGCGAAGACCAUCAUCUCCUCGACCAUCAAACUCAAAUGCUGCAGCAAUCAUUGAACCAAAUGAAGAAAGAGAACAAAUUGCACCAGUGAUACGUGAUACUCGAGUGCUUCAUCCGUCAAGAAGAAAUGGAGCUAAAUGGUUCAAAAGUAACACUGAAGUAUCAACACGUAUUCGAAAGAUCAUUGAAUCAUGUUUUAACGGACCAUGGUAUAGCUGGUCAAAAGUGCCUGGUUUUUUCAAAGAUUCGUGGUUUACAACAUUUAAGACAUACUUCGAGUGGGAUGCCUCAAUCGAGCAUCUUGUUAAAGCCAACUUUGAUCAGGUUGCUGCUACUCGUCUUAAAGGAAUGGUUAGCCUUGCAAAGUCCAAUGCAGCAAAACCCAAUGGAGAAAAACCUGAUUGGAUUCUCUCUGAACAUUGGAGUGUAAUGUCAGAUUAUUGGAGGACACCAAAAGCCAAAGGUAAAAGUGAGAAAGCUCGUACUACGCGACUAUCUACUCGUGAUGGUUUAGGUGUCCAUCGACACAGAGCAGGUUCACGUAGUUAUGUCAAAGUGCAAGAUGCUUUGGUUGCCAACAACGAAGACUCUUCUUUCAUUGCUAUUGCUGGAAUAUCAAAACAAGGUCGUGUAUUUGGAAUUGGGUCACUGCACAAUGGAAUUUCUAUGUCUUUGGGUGAUCCAUCUGUCCCACAACCUACCGAAGAAGAAGUGGGUACAUUAACCCAUCGACUUGAAGAACUUGAAAAUGAAUUGAAAAAGAGUCGUGAUGGAAACUUACUCCUCGAGAAACGUCUCCAAGCACUAGAGGACAACUAUGUUUCCACAAGUUCCCCUGAAAUUUCUAUGUAA